UCCUCCGUGGCCCAGAGGCCCACGUGCCCCUUUCUUUUCGAGGGGCCGAGCAGCGUCCGAGCUCCCAAAGGCUCGGUGGGGCUGCGGGAAGCUCUGCGACCGUGAUGGGGAAUGCCUCAACCUGGUCUGCUGCUCGCUGCCUCCUUUCAGGGAGCCAGACCUAAAAAUGGUCCCAGCAAGGAGGAGGCAGGGUGUUUGCUGGCCCCAGCAAGGUUAACAAACCCUUUCGUAUCCUCACUGACGAAAUCUGGCAGAGACGAAGAAGAGCUGAGAAAGUCCCUCUCGGAGCUGGCUGACCCCAACCCCAAGUCCAUCAAGCGCAUCAGCAGCUGCAGUAACCCCUUCCUGGACUUCUCGCAAGACCCCAGCAUCGCCACCUACAAGCACGGACUGUUAGUGCGCAAGAUCCACGCUGAUCCUGACUGCAAGAAAACCCCCCGCGGCAAGCGUGGCUGGAAGCCGUUCCACGCCAUCCUGAAGGGGAUGAUUCUCUACCUGCAGAAGGAGGAGUAUAAGCCAGGGAAAGCACUGGCAGAAGAGGAGCUGAAGAAUGCUAUUAGCAUCCACCACUCACUUGCCACACGGGCGUCUGACUACAGCAAGAGACCCAAUGUCUUCUACCUCAGGACAGCUGACUGGAGGGUCUUCCUCUUCCAAGCCCAGAACCCGGAACAGAUGCACUCCUGGAUCACACGCAUCAAUGUGGUGGCAGCGAUGUUUUCUGCGCCUCCCUUCCCUGCAGCCAUCGGCUCCCAGAAGAAGUUCAGCCGCCCGCUGCUGCCCAGCUCCUGCACCAGGCUGUCCCAGGAGGAGCAGGUGAAGAGCCAUGAGACCAAGUUCAAGACAAUGUCAGCGGAGCUGGUGGAGCACCGCUCCUCACUGCCAGAGAAGAAGGUGAAGGGCAAGGAGUACGAGGAGCUGAAGCAGAAGGAAGAGUACCUGGAGUUUGAGAAAUCCCGCUACGGCACCUAUGCCAUGCUGCUGCGGGCCAAGUUGAAGGCCGGCUCUGAGGACCUGGCGGCGUUUGAGUCCACACUCUUUGAUGCCGCAGGCAGUGAGGACGAUGGCCUAAAGAAGUCUCGCUCCAGCCCCUCCCUCAACAUGGAGCCCCCCAGCACAAGUACCAAGGUCAAACGCAAUGUCUCGGAGCGUGCCAGCCGCCAAACCCCUGGCCACCCCCAGAAAUCGUAAGUGAGGGGCAUCAGCCACCUGCGCUGCAGCUCCGGUCCUGCCACCAGGUGCUGGGGUGGACACCAAGUGCCCGCUGAGCGCCUGCACCAGUCCAUCCUUCUUGGGCAUACACCGCAGGGCGUAACAGCCCUCAGCCCGCUGCUGGCCCCAGCCGCACAGGUCUGUGGCCCCCUCCGGCCACGUCCCGGCCCCUCUGCUGGAGGUGGGUGCAGAGCAGGCCCAUUUCCCACCCUGGCCUGCAGGAGUUGCCCAUUGGGUUGGCUCCAGC